AAAACCUCACCCAGGAUCCGGAGUCAUCAUUUCACAGCUUCUGUAUUAUUAUCAUUAUUAUUAUUAUUAUUGUUAUUAUUAUUGAGUUUUGGAAAGAUGCGCGCGCUCGGGACCCUCCUCAUAGUCGCGAGCCUGCGCUUUGCGCACCAGGAGGUUAUAGAUGACAUUUUGGACAGUUUGUCUAAAGGAGUGAAUUUUUUUGAGCAGCAGAGCAGGAACAUGAAUCUGGAUGGUGUCACUGGUUAUGUCAUCCUACAAGCCCAGUUACAGGAAGCAAUGAAAUCUCAGACCCAUUCAGAUUCUCUAAACUUCUCUCAGCGCUCCAUCGCCAUGUCUCUGGUAAAAAAACUGGACAGGAGUUUGGCUCUUGCUGUCGCAUCACUUCAGGAGAUGGAUCCUAAAUACUACAAAGAGUUUGAACCCGUCUUGUCAGCGUCUUUCUGGUCCUUGCCUCGUGAAUGGAUCUCCACAGACCCGUCCCUCACGUACGCGUCGCCGAGAUCUGUCGAGUGUUACGACGAGCAGCUCGGGGAUAAGUGCAUGACGCUGCUUCUGGGAACCUGGAAAGACAAUGGGACACCGUGCAUCGUCACGAAGGCCUGCAGGGACACUAUGACGCAAUUUGGGUGUCCACAUUACUCUCUGUCUCACCAACUGCUCUACUUCAUGAUCGGGACCAUGAAAGGAUGUACCAGGAUGCUGAAGGGGGAAGUGAGGCUCUCGCAGGUCAACAUCACUGUGGAACACUAUCAGAGGAUUUUCUGCUCAAACAUGAUGAAGAGCAACCAGGAGAUCAGCAUUAAGGGCAUCACUGAGCAAACACAAGAUAUCUUCAUUGAGAACAUUCUUUUAUGUGGGCUGGCUGGAUUCUCUGACUUUUAUAAAGCCACCUGGCUGCAGCACAUUCUGGCCUGGCAGGACAAAAAGCUGGGCUGUUUCGGGAAAGAUGAGGACGACUCACAAAUGUUUGAGGAAUAUUUGGAUGCAGUACACAGGCGAGUGAAGAGAAGGGAGAAAACGCUGAAAGAUGGGUGCUCGAGUCACACGACAGGCGUGGCCAUGAGCGCACUGGGCGGUUACCUCAACUUUUACCUGUCUGAGCAAGACACUACAAAACGACCACUGGUGUAAACA